CUUUUUUUUUUUUCUUCUUUUUUCUUCUUCUUCACCACUGUUAUUUUCUUCUCCCAUUCCAUUCCCUCUUCUCUCCUUUUAAAUAUAUUUACAGAAUUUUAUUUUAUUUUUUCUUUUUCUCUUCCAUUCUAAAUUAUCAUGACAAUUGGGAUUAAAGAAAAAAGCUCUUAUGUCAGUACAUUUAUUACUGCUUAUCCCAGGAAUGGGAUUGAUUCCCCGCAUGCUCGCUUAUUAUCUGCCUUGAAGUUAAAUGAAGAAUUUGCGGAAUACUUUAAGGACAGAGCACAAAUUGAAGAUGCAUAUGCUAAAAGUAUUGCAAAAUUAAUGAAGAAAAAUUAUAUUUCAAACAAAUCAGCUUUAGGAACAUUUUUACCAAUAUGGGAAACUCUUCAUAAUGAGCUUUCUCAACUAGCUACUAUUCAUAGUGAAUAUUCCACAAUAGUUACUGAACAAAUUGAAAAACCAUUAAAAAUGUCUAUUCUCAAUAAUCCUGACUAUACUGAUACACAUGAGCUAAAUAGUCAUCUUCAAAAAAUUGCUCGAGGAUAUGAUGAUUUGGAAAAUAAAAUCCAAAAACACAAGAAAAGUACUAAAAGUGAAGGAAAAGUUGCUGAAUACAUGAAGCAGCAAGAAAAGAAAUUAGCAGAAUGGAAUAGAGAUGCUCCAGAAUAUUUAAAGAAACAUCAAAAUAUCGAUGAAUUUAGAUUAGAGAAUUUAAAAAACAUGAUUUCUAAGUUCGAAUAUAUACAAAAAUCUCGCGCUGAAAAGAUUAUUAAGUUAGCAGAGAGUAGUAUAGCAGUUGAAACCAGCUUAAGUGUGAAUGACGAAAUAGAUGCAUUCUGUACGCAUCACACUCAUCCUAAUAGCAAUAUGAGUUAUAAUAAUCCAACCAUUAUAGAGCCAUUAACUGAAAAUAGCAACCAAUUAAUUAAUAUUGUUCCAGAACCCUCAGUUUCAAGCACGAGCUUGAAAGUAUCAAAACUCACCUCCUCAUCUGCAUCAUUUACAAAAAAGAGAAAAAGAGAUGUAAUUCUUUCAUCAUUUGUCUCAAUGAGACGUAAGACAAAGUCAUCUCCUAAUAAUUCACAGAAUGAGUAUAAUACGUGUUUUGAGAAAACUUCAGAAUACCCGCAUGUUCCUAAUAAUGAGGAAAAUAUGGCUGGAUCCAUCAGUAUUCGUUCAACUAAUACACAUAGUACAGCAGCAGAAUACCAUGAUAAUGAUAACAUGUCAAGCAAAGGGCCCAAUGAACACAAUAUAGGAGAUAAUAAUACUAGUGCAACCUUAUCUAACUCAUCACUUGAAAAAAAUAACAGUUUUACUGACAUACAUUCAUCACAGCCACCUCUAAUUGUAGUUGAUGAAGAAGGUUAUUCUAUUCCUCCACCCAAUCGUGAAAUUUGGAUGGGCGAUACAAAUACAACUAAUGAUUCAUUGAUAGAUACAGAGGAUGUGAGUUCCGAAGGUGGAAGUUUAUUUAGCAAUCCACGUAUACGAGUAGACAUUAAAAAUGAAACUAUAAAAGAGAAUGAUGCUUCACAAUCUGCUGUUGCCCUUACACGAGUUUCCACCUUAUUAAAAGAAAAAAAUGUAGCUGGAUUAAGUACAAGGAAGCCUCGUGGUCGAAGGGAAAUAAGGACAACUCAAUUAUAUUCUGUUGCUGAGCAAGUUCAGCCACUUUCUCAAAGUGAUAAGUCUAGUGUGAAUGAAACACCAAUAAUAUCAACCUCAUCCUCAGCUUUAUUUAAUCCAUUUGAAGCAAGCCAAGAAAAAUUAGAUGAAGUAGUGCAUGAGGUGCCUUCAAUUGAUGUUAAUGUUACGGAAACAAUACAUGCUCUUUCUAAGGGAGGUAUAUCAGAAAAUAUUCUUGUUUGGGGGAAAAUUAGCAUUCAGUAUAAAGGGCCCACAGAAAGUGAGAUACCAAUUUGCUUCAAGCUUAAUUGUAAUGAAAGAUUAGAAUCCAUUGAGACAACAGACUAUGUUGAUGUAUUGGAUGGAUAUAGUGUGAAUGAUACUAUUUUCAAAAUCAAUACACAUUUGUUUUAUGACAAAGAAGGAGUGAAUGAGCAUGUUAUGUGCAUAAAAUAUCAAACAAGGUUAAAUAAUGACUAUUUACCGCUCAUCAUAAAACCUAUGUGGAAAUGUGACCUCGAUAAAAGUCGUUUACUAGUUAAAUAUCAUAAAAAUAUUAAUAUUUCAACAAUGAGCAACGUUAUUUUCGCUACUUCUAUAACAAGUGAUGUUCAAAAUGCUUCAAGUAUCCCUACAGGUGAGCUCAUUUUAUCGCAGAAGAGAAUGGGGUGGCAUAUUGGUCAAAUCAGUAACGAUGUUCCUGAAAAUGAGUUAGUAAUUAAGGCACAAUUUAUAACACUUCAACAAGCAUCUCCUCAGCCAAUUGCUGCCCGAUUUGAAGUGGAAGGUCAACUAUUGACUGAUUUGACUUUAGAACAAGGUGUAGAUCCUGUUUUGUAUUGGGCUAAAAUUUGCAAUGUAACUAAAAUUAUGAAAGCAGGCAAAUAUAUUGCCGAGGUUUAAUUUAUUUUAAUUCUUUUAAUAAGGUAUAAUAAAUAAUGGUUAAUUUUAAUUAUAUAUUAUUACAAAAAAAAAA